AUGAGCUCACUAAACUACUCCUCCCUUGCUAAUGAAGAGGUGGUCGGCUCUGUGAGAGGAGGAGCAGAGAAGAAAGGAGCAGAUUUGACACAUCAAAGAGAAAGACCAGACUCAGAGGAACCAGAGCCAGGGACGUCCAAACCAGCAAGACGACACCAGUGCUCCCACUGUGGAAAGGGUUGUAACCGGUUAUGGGACGUGAAACAACAUGAGAAAAUACACACAGGGGAGAAGACUUACCACUGCUCCCAGUGUGGAAAGAGUUUUAACCAGAAAGCACACCUGAAAGCUCAUGAGAGAAUACACACAGGGGAGAAGCCUUACCACUGCUCCCAGUGUGGAAAGUGUUUCAACCGGCCAGGGCAUCUGAAACUGCACGAGAGAAUACACACAGGGGAGAAGCCUUAUCACUGCUCCCGGUGUGGAAAUAGUUUUAACAAUUUAGGGAAACUGAAACGGCAUGAGAGAAUACACACAGGGAAGAAGCCUUAUCACUGCUCCCAGUGUGGAAAGAGUUUUAUCGGUUUAGGGAAGCUGAAACGACAUGAGAGAAUACACACAGGGGAGAAGCCUUACCACUUCUCCCAGUGUGGAAAGUGUUUUAAUGAGAACUCAAACCUGAAAGUUCAUGAGAGAAUACACACAGGGGAGAAGCCUUACCACUGCUCCCAGUGUGGAAAGAGUUUUAACAAUUUAGGGACCCUGAAACAACAUGAGAGAAUACACACAGGGGAGAAGCCUUGCCAUUGCUCCCAGUGUGGAAAGAGUUUUAACAAUUUAGGGAACCUAAAACAACAUGAGAGAAUACACACAGGGGAGAGGCCUUACCACUGCUCCCAGUGUGGAAAGUGUUUCAUCCGGUCAAAGGAGCUGAAAAGACAUGAGAGAAUACACACAGGAGAGAAGCCUUAUCACUGCUCCCAGUGUGGAAAGAGUUUUAACAAUUUAGGGAACCUGAAACAUCAUGAGAAAAUACACACAGGUGAGAAGCCUUACCACUGCUCCCAGUGUGGAAAGUGUUUCAACCGGUCAGGGGGGCUGAAACGACACGAGAGAAUACACACAGGGGAGAAGCCUUUCCACUCCUCCCAGGGUGCACUAACAUCCCUGACCAUGAGCUCACUAAACUACUCCUCCCUUACUAAUGAAGAGGGGGUCUGCUGUAUGGAGAAAGAAUCUUUCAGAAUGAAAAAGGAGGAAGAGGAGGCUGUUAUAGUGAAAGAAGAGAAAGAACCGUUUAGAGAGGAAGAUGAUGCUAUCUCAAUAAAGGUGAAGGAGGAAGACUUUUUGGGAGUGAAAGAGGAAGAGACAGAAUAUCAGAUUAACACCAGAGAGACACAUGACUAUCGUGGAUCCUCUGGGAAGCCUCAACAACAUCCUGAUGCUGACGAGGAAGAGAAGAGUCUCUCCAGAUCAGAACACCAGAUGGACAACGCUAGCCCUUCCACCCUCUCGGAGUCCCCGUGUCAUGCCUCUCCUGUUAGCACCUUGCUGCUGGUGGACUGCAGGAAAACAAUGGGGCUGAGUGGAACUGUGGGAGGAGGAGAAGAGAGGAAAGGAUCAGAUUUGACUCAAAGAGAAAGGCCAGACUCGGAGGAACCAGAGCCAGGGACGUCCAAACUAGCAAGACGACACCACUGCUACCACUAUGGAAAGAGUUGUAACCGGUUAUGGGACCUGAAACAACAUGAGAGAAUACACACAGGAGAGAAGCCUUACCACUGCUCCCAAUGUGGAAAGUGUUUCAACCAGAGAGUAUACCUGAAACAACAUGAGAGAAUACACACAGGGGAGAAGCCUUACCACUGCUCCCAGUGUGGAGAGCGUUUCAACUGGAAAUCAAACCUGAAAGCCCAUGAGAGAAUACACACAGGAGAGAAGCCUUACCACUGCUCCCAAUGUGGAAAGUGCUUCAACCAUCCAGGGAAGCUGAAAGCUCAUGAAAGAAUACACACAGGAGAGAAGCCUUACCACUGCUCCCAGUGUGGAAAUUGUUUCAACUGGAAAUCAAACCUGAAAGCCCACGAGAGAAUACACACAGGAGAGAAGCCUUACCACUGCUCCCAAUGUGGAAAGUGUUUCACCCGGUCGGAGAUGCUGAAAGCUCAUGAAAGGAUACACACAGGAGAGAAGCCUUACCACUGCUCCCAGUGUGGAAAGCGUUUCAACUGGAAAUCAAACCUGAAAGCCCACGAGAGAAUACACACAGGAGAGAAGCCUUACCACUGCUCCCAAUGUGGAAAGUGUUUCACCCGGUCGGGGCUGCUGAAAGCUCAUGAGAGAAUACACACAGGAGAGAAGCCUUACCACUGCUCCCAAUGUGGAAAGUGUUUCAACCAGAGAGGAAACCUGAAACAACAUGAAAGAAUACACACAGGAGAGAAGCCUUACCACUGCUCCCAGUGUGGAAAGUGCUUCAACCAGUCGGGGGACCUGAAACAACAUGAGAGAAUACACACAGGAGAGAAGCCUUACCACUGCUCCCAAUGUGGAAAGUGUUUCAACCGGUCAGGGGAGCUGAAACGACAUGAGAGAAUACACACAGGGCAGAAGCCUUACCACUCCUCCCAGGGUGCAAAGCUUUUGCCCAUUUAGGAAGCCUGAAAGAACACAUUAGACUGCACACAGAGGAGAAGGCUUAUAAAGGCUCAAACUGUGGGAAAACAUAUUACUCAUAACAGUCAUUUAAAUGUCAUUAGAGAAUCCACACAGGAGAGAGAAAUUACUUCUCUUAGCGUGUAUGUUGAUAUUUCACAUCACAUUGACUUAAA